GGGAAAGUCAUAUGACUGUUCUGAAACUGCCGCUCAUUUCACGGAUCUACUCAAAUGGACAGUGUGUGUUCAUCUCUGCGUGUGCUUGCCUUGCGACUGGGCCCGGGGCAGGAGCUGCUGUCCAGUCUCCUGGCUUUUGUGGAGGAGCAGAAGCUAAAAGCGCCGUUCAUCAUCACUUGUGUGGGAAGUCUCACCAAGGCAACACUGCGGUUGGCCAAUGCCACAGCCAAUAACACCAAUGAGGUGAUUCAUCUACAGGAACGGUUUGAGAUUGUAUCUCUGGUGGGCACACUGAACAGAGAAGCUCAUUUGCAUAUCUGUCUGGCUGAUAAAGACGGCAAAACCAUUGGGGGUCACGUGCUGGGUGACCUAGAAGUGUUUACCACAGCAGAAGUGGUCAUAGGAGAGGCCACUGGCCUCCACUUCACCAGAGAAAUGGACAGCAGGACCGGCUUCCCGGAGCUGGUCAUUCAAAAGCGGUCAGAGCAGAUUUAGCACAUUUACAUUCUGAUCAUUUUACAAAACUGAAUAUUCACCCUUUUUGAGCAAUUUGACCGACUUAGUGCCUUGAUCUUGAUCACAAGAAACACGUCAGCAGCUGAUCAACUACAUUUGGUGUAUGAGGGAAUUGUGAAAAUUUGGUGUCAUUAACUGUUAUUGGACUAUUGUGUGAUGAUUUUUAUGUGGUUUCUGACAAUGUAUAAAAUAUAGUUUAUUGAUGUAGUCUUGACACCAGUGUGCUCUAACUUUAACUGUAACUGGACACUGAUUGAUUGCAGAACUCUAUGCAAAAUGUGCAAAAUAAUUUGUACAUUAUUACUCUAAAUUAAAGGAAUUGCUUGGUGAAAAAUAAAUCUCUUUGACCAAAAUUGUAUUAAUAUAUUUGUGUAUGAGGUUUGCAUCUUUUGUUUUACCCUAUAUCUUCAAAAUUUUUGUCUAGUCCAGUUGAACAUUAUGCGGCAGUUUCUCGGACAGUUUCUUAAGCCUAAUAAAAUGAAGAUUUAUCAUUAAAAUGACAA